CGCGUGGGCGCCAGACGUAUCUCAUAAGCAUGCUGGAAUCGCUCUGCAUCUCCCGCCAAAAUCAAGCCAAGUGAUCCGAUCGGAACCGGGCCAGAAAGCAAGCACAUGGGGGAUCGAGCAGAUUCGGCGGCCAGCGACGUCCUGCUCCACGCCUUUGGCCGCGCCAAACGCCAACAGGCCGCGGCGGCGUGUCAACGAUGUCGCGUGCGGAAGACCAAAUGCGGCGGAGAGAGGCCUUGCGCUUCCUGUGCCGCCGCCGGUGUAGAAUGUGUCUGGAUCACACAAGAAAACGAGACCCGAAGGCAAGCCAUCAAGCGGAAGCACGAUGAAAUGCUGCAGGCCACGGAGCCCGUCAUGGAGCUCCAUAAUCUGCUCAUGACGGCCGACCAAGACCAAGCCUUUGACAUUCUACGUCGAGUGCGAGCGGGCCAGUCCAUCCGCGGCGUUCUCGGGCAUCACCACGAUAUCCAACAAGCGCACAACUUCAUGUAUGAGCAGCGGGUCUAUGGGCAGCUUUUCAUUUCACUCGCGCAGCCGACAGCCCCACUCAAGGAUAUCGUAGCCGUUGCGGAGCAUAUCUUCAACAACUCUCUCGGACUCCACCAAAUGCCCGCGCCUGAUGCCCUGAGAUCACUCCGGAGCCGCGUUAUCAAGCUCGAGGAAAUCACUGGAAGACUGCCAGUCACCAACGGCAUGCUGACUGAGACUCCACAAUCCUCCAAGGAGCCGCGUACGAACGGGCAUGACCCCAGAGAUCAACGCAAGUCAGUACCGAUUCACCGCGUUCCUGCAUCGCCAUGGGUCAGCAGCAGCAGCAGCACUGAUGACGGCGUCUCGGAUUUGGUCUCCACGUAUCUUUCUGUGACCAAUCCAUUUGCUAGGCAUCUAGAACCCGAUCUGUUCCUGGCAGACAUGCGAUCUCGUGAUCAGCACAGUCAUUUCUGUUCGCCGCUGCUCGUUCAUGCAGUUCUCGCAUGUGGCUCGCUAUUUUCUGAGCACGACGAGGCUUUCACAUACGACCACGACUAUCUCACCCGGGGUGAACACUACCACAAAGAGGCUCUUCGAUUGUGGGAGUUGGAGAAGGGCCGGGUGUCAAUCACGAAUGCUCAGGCAUUAUCGAUCCUAUCUGGAGAAUCCUCGUGGCGUGGCCAAGAUCGGCUUGGAUGGUCGCUUCACCAAGAUCUGGCGCGCAUGAUCAAAGACUUGAACAGCUCAGAGAUCCCGUGCGACAUGGACGCGCAGGCCACACGGGCAUACAAAAGAGCUCGCGCCUGCAUCGCAUCAUGUGUCGUUCGAAAUCACAUGUACUGGAUCAUGGGACUAUUCGGCAAGUCCGGAAACGAAAUUGUCUGUGCCAAAAACGCGCCCGACCUCAGGCAUAUCUUGAAGGAUGAAGUGAUGCUUUGGCGGCCGUAUCCUUGUUCCCGGCAAGAUCCCAUCCCGAUGCACAUGAACCUGAUGGCCCUGGAGAACCAGUCUCUGAGUGCGUUCUUGUGGGAAAUACUCCACGACGUCUGCGCCGAAGAUCGAGAUCUCACGCAGCCGGCCUUUUGGAAAGGUGUCAGGGAAUUGGAAUCGAGAAUGCGGUAUUGGUAUCAGUACCUACCGGCUCCACUCCAUUACACGCCUAAAAUGCCGACACCUCUGUACGAAUUCCACGCCCAAUACUUCGUCGCGCAAAUGAUGCUCAACGACCACUGGGCCGAAGUCCUCCUCAGCGAAGCCAGCAUUUACUUCGACAAAGUCGAACGAGACGCAGUCCGCUCACGUACCCUCCGCUACGCGAUCCAAAGCACCGCAAUCCUCCGAGACUACCGCCAACACUACGGCUACAAACAAACUCCCCCCUUCCUCUUUCAAGUCGCCGCCAUGGUGGCUUCAAUCCUCCUCCGAUGUAUGGAUCGCGACAAGGAUCCCAGCAAACGCUGCCUUCACGCCCCAGAAGUCAUUGCUGCGUUUGAAGAUUGCUGUCGAUGUCUUUUGGCUUUUAGCAUGCAUUUGAUGCUACCGAGAGGGAUUAAUCGGAUGUUGCAUCGGACGGCGUUGGAGAUGGGUGUGAAACUUCCGGAGAGUGUGGAGAGGAUGUUGGAGUUUUUUGGGAAGAAUGUGUGGACAGAGGUGGAUUGGAAGAGGAUUAGUUCGGAGUAUCCGAAUAUUUUGAGGGGGCCGGCUUCGAGGCCUGGGGGCCAGGAGACGAUUGAGGCGGCGGUGAGGGAGUUGAAGAUCUAGUUAGAGGAUUGAAUAGAGGGCAGAAAGCAUCACUUCGCCGGCGUCUUAAGAAUUGUGAAGCGUGUACAUUUAUCUAGACAGCUACAUUGCCCCAUUCUACAUCGGAUACUGGUGACAGC